GCCCAACCUCUUACACUUACCAGUUUCUUUUGUUCAAGGAAGCCAGCAAGAGCAAUGCAAAGUGUUUCCAACCGGACUCUGAUUUCUGACCCACCAUUUGUUCACUGAUAUCUACUACAGAAGAUAGCAAUGGAUGACAAGAUAUGGGUCAAUAAAGGAAAUCGGAAACAUCUAAAUUAAAAGAAAAGAUUUAUGAUGGAGUCUGCAAACCAGAACAGACAAUAUUACCAACCAUGGAGGGUUGAACCAUCAUACCACAGUAAACCGUUGAAUAAUUCAAUAAACAGUGCAUACUUCAAUGCCCUGGCAGCAAGGAGGCCUAUAUUGGGUUCAGACAUGGAGUUGGUGGACAGAGAGACAAGUGCUUUGUUUGUAAAGCCUGGAUCCCAACCACGUUAUUCAGCUUUUAACAGCCAUGGGAUACAACCAAAAAUGAUAGACAAUGGAGGUGCUCAUCCCAUAUUAAAUCACUUACCUCUAAACCACAGAAGUAUGAGAGAGGAGAUUUUUCCAGGGUUAUAUAACUCUGUAGGGAGUUCUCACCAUGAAAGCCAAUUUGAUGGUAUGACUUCAUCAAGAUGGGUAGCAGCAGGAUCAGAACCAAUAGAAUUAGACCCUAAACCUAUUGCUACAUCAAUUUUCAAAUCUCCAUGGAGCGUCAUACAAAAUUCUUCUUUUGCAAUGGGAGAACAACCGUGUGACCACCCUGGUGGUAAAAGUAUACAGCAUAUAAAUAGUAAUAUUUCACCUAUAGAGGCUGUCAGGUUUGUGGAGCAGGAAUUUAUUAGGCCUCCCGUAGAUUAUAAAACAUCUGCAGCCUUUAAAACUAAAGAGUCCUAUAAUAUUAAUAUGUGCUCAGGUAUUAAGUAUUCAACCGACGACUCACCUUAUGCACAGACACCUCCAGAGACCAUUGAAGAACAUCAAGACAACAAUACCAACAACCACCUGUUGCCUCCUACCAGGGAAACAAUAGAUCUUACAGAUGAUACAGAAGAACUGAAAGAUGAUAGUGCAUGUGGUAUAGAAGGAAAUGUCUUAUUAAUUGAUGAUAAAGGGAUCCCAUAUACAGUUUCAAAGACAGAUCUAGAAAAAUUAACAAAAAUAGAUCAAGAGGAGAGAUCAUUAAAAGUUUCUAAAAAGGUUCUACGUUGUCCGAUGUGCUCUAGGACAUUCCUUUACUGGUCUGAACUGGAGAGACACAGUGUAACCCAUUCUGACAAGAGGCCAUUUGAGUGCGAAAUGUGUGGUAAGAGCUUCAAACACCCAUCCGAAUUGCGACGGCACAAACAUAUUCAUACUGGUGAGAAACCAUACCAGUGUAACAUCUGUCAUCUGCGCUUCACUGAGCGAAACACCCUGCGGCGACACAAGCAAAAACAUUCCAGUGAUACAUUGCAGCAACAGGAUGCUGAAGACCGCAGUGACUUGGGAGAGACUCUGCAGGACAUUUCCAGUGUAGAGAACCCAGAAUGAUCUAUGGUGUUCCUCCAAACAACCUUUAUACUUGUUUUCUAUAGAUCUAUUUAAACAUUUGUUUCUGCUUAAAGGGACAUGAAACCCGAAUUUUUUCUUUCAUGAUUUAGAAAGAGCAUACAAUUUUAUAAACAACUUUCUAAUUUACUUCUUUCAUCUAAUUUGCUUCAUUAUAUUGAUAUUCUUUGCUGAAAAGCAUAUCUAGAUAUGCUUAGUAGCUGCACAUAGAUGCCUCCUGUGAUUGGUUCACCAUGUGCAUUGCUAUUUCUUCAUUAAAGUAUAUCUAAAGAAUGAAGCAAAUUAGGUAAUAGAAGUAAAUUGGAAUGUUGUUUAAAAUUGUAUUCUCUACCUUAAUCCUGAAAGAAAAUGUUUGGGUAUAGUGUCCCUUUAACAUCCAUAUGACCACACAAUUGUUUCUCUUGGCAUAUUUGUAUUGUCUAAGUAUUACUCAAACCUGCUCAUUUCAUUUAAAGCGCCAAAUGGCUUCAGAUUCAAUGUAUAUUGGGGUUUAAAAGCAUAUUGUACUCCUUUUCUCCCAUCCCUAUGAAAGAGCAUUGGUUUUGUUUUCACUCAAAAAGGAAAGGAAAAACUAAGUUUUAACCAAUUCUGCGGGAACAGUUGUGUCUCAUUGGCUGGCAUGUACUACCUGCUAAAGCAAAUUGGCUGCUUAUGUUUAUUGGCGGUUAAAUACAAUGAGCAUUUAUCAGCCAAUGAGUAUAUGUCAGGCAGCGCACAUUAGUAGGAAGUACAGACCUGAUCCAGUGGUAUUAGAGUCAGUUAAAAUGUAAACAGAUUUUACUGCAAAUUGUCAGGCAAAAAAAAAAAAAAAAAAUUAACAGAAAACUCAUUUGCGUGAGACAAAAGAAUUGAGUGUAAUUACCCUUUAGGGCAGACAACCUCAAAAUGGGCCUGCAGAGAUUUAGGAACUACAUUUCACAUGAUGCUCUGCCAGCUGCUCUGCCAGCUAAUAUGCUGGCAGAGCAUCAUGGGAAAUGUAGUUCCAAAACCUCUGCAGGGCCAAGUUUGGGUAUGUCUGCUUUAGAGUGAUAACAGCAAAGUAGUUACAACAGGUAAUUGUAACAUGUCUGCUGUCUGUCUUUUUUAUAUAUUCAUAUUAACAGGGUUUUAAAAGCUUUUAAAAUGUACUUACAAUUUGAUAACAAAUCUUGUGAUAAAUGAUAUUUGUAUUAUAGUAUAACCUAUACAUUUAUGAGCUGUGUUUUCCAGCCAUAGAAAGUGUUUCUUUAAAGAGACAAUAAACAUGUUGUUUUUUUAAUAUUAAA